GCCAACAUGGAACCGAGGCAAGGACGAGAUCUUCAGCUACAGUAAUUAUUUCAAAUAAAAUAAAAAAAAGGAGCCCACGUCCAGGACGGGUCGAGUUUCAUCUCACAACGGAGGUCUCGGGGUAUUUUUUAAUCAAGGGGUAUUCAAGCGAAGGGUCUGCGGUGAUACACUCCGUCACUCACCUGCCCUUUCUCAAUCCGGACUGUAAUAAAUGGUUUCAUUGGGUGAAAAGCCAGUGUCCAUCGCUAAUGACUCACUUAUGCUGCUCACGCUGCCCUGCAUGGAGGCAGGAGGCAGUGAAGGGGGCAGUUCGGCCUCCUGCUCCAGCCCUGAGACGGGUGACCCUGGCGCCGGUCUCGCCGAGGAGGAAGAAGAAGUAGAAGGACUUUUGAACUUGGACUUCACUUUAAGCUCGGAGGAUGUUUCCAGAUUCCCCGAUUUCACGAUGCACGUUUCGAGCAGCUUCUCGCCGACUCUUGAGGACAUCGAGGAGUUCUUGAUGGAGAAGAUGGAGACUGUGGAAAAAGGUCUUGUCAUUCCAGAAGCGAAGAAGGAGCAGGUCGGCGAUAAAGGCGCUGCGUCUCCUGCAAGUCCGAUAAACAGUACGACGGACAAACCUUCCACCCAAACCGCCGCUAGUCAGAACGCGAGCCCUACAACUAGCUCUGCUUCAGUGUUAGUUGGAGCUCCAGUGGUGCUUCAGAUUCAACCGGUGCAGAUCAGCCAGCCGCUUCAACAAACCAACCCCCCUGCCAACGGACUGCGGGUGGCCCACCUAGUCCUGGGUGUACAGGGAGGGCAGAACGUUGCCCUGAUCUACCCCCAGGUGCCCUCUGCCACCGUACUACCUGUUGUGGGUGAGACCGGAUGCCAAGACCAAAAGUAUGUGAAGAUCGCUCCACUGCCCAUCACCUUACGGACAGUUGGCAUAGCAGGGACCAGCUUGGUCAAAGCCAUCCCUCCACGCCCGCCCAGGCCCACCACUGAAAACCUGCGUGUGCACAAGUGUUCCCAUCCCGGGUGUGAGAAAAUGUACACCAAGAGCAGCCACCUGAAGGCUCACUUCCGCAGACACACCGGCGAGAAGCCCUACCUGUGCAGCUGGCCCAACUGCGGGUGGAGGUUCUCGCGCUCGGAUGAGUUAUCCCGUCAUCGCCGCUCGCACUCGGGAGUGAAGCCUUACAAAUGCACCAUGUGCGACAAGAAGUUCGCCCGGAGUGACCACCUGUCCAAACACACCAAGGUGCACAGGAGCCCACGCGCCAGCAGACUGGCCAGACCGAGCGUCUGAAGUCAAGCUGCACAAUCCUUCCUCCAAACCCGGAAAAGCUAGAUCCUUCCUUUAUUUCCUUCUUUCUAUCCUUCCUUCCUGCUUUUUUUUUUUCCUUCAGAUCUGUGCUUUUCCCGGUGCUAAUAUCACACUUACUCGAACCUCAGGGAUGUGAUUGUUGAGCCCUACACGAAGCAGAUGUGCUUCAGCACUUCAUUAACCAUGUACCGAUUUUACUCUCGGUAUAAACCAGAUUGGCGAGAGAUCGAGCUCGGCGCUCGUUCGGACGUUCCCGAAUAAUCUGAAAGACUGCACAAAAAGUCCAGACGUAAGCACGUCUCCGAGACUGCCUUACGUUCCAAGCAUGGUGUCUCUCCUAAGCUUCCCGGAUACUGCUCAUGUAUGCCAUGCUAUGCUACGUAUGCCGAAAAACGAAGAUAAUCCAGUAUAUUGUUAUUGUUACCUUUUUUAAAUAUGCACUGCGGCGGCGACUCUGAUUGGAUCAUGCGCAUGGGUGUAUUAUCGUGGAAUAGUAUCUAAUGUAUAGCACUUAAGGUUGGAAAAGUUCCUGCCUCUGAAAAUCAAUGCAAGAUCCAGUAUCUAUCUAUCUAUCUAUCUAUCUAUCUAUCUAUCUAUCUAUCUAUCUAUCUAUCUAUCUAUCUAUCUAUCUAUCUAUCUAUCUAUCUAUCUAUCUAUCUAUCUUUGAUGUUACUGACAUUUUUUCCCUUUUCUUCUUCUUUUUUUUUUUUUGGCCUAAGAAACACUUCCUGUCUCCUUUUUCACGGCCCAAUCACAUCCCUGAUUGAACCAAAUCAUGUUAAAGUGCGUCUCUGCUGUGCCUCGCCGAAUCUUUCCAAUCGUUGGGAGAAGCUAAUGCCAAACCAGAGAUCCCCGCAUACGGGUGGGACUUUGGCGUACGACGAUGUUCACUAAGUUUUAUGAAUUUUUCGCUUACGUACUGUAAAAAAAAAAAAACAAUAACACAUAAGCUAAGGAUGAGGGGUGCAUCGAUACAGGUGGCGGUAUUUGGUAUCGCACGAUCCUUUGUCGAUAUUACCGAGGUAAGAAAAUCUGAUACCGAACGUUACUACACGACUUUGUAUGGACAUAAGUUUGUGGACACCUGACCAUUUAAAAAAUCUCACGUUUUCACAUUUAGUGCCCGUUUUUGCUGGCCACUCGAGAUCUUCUACUCCAACCCAUCUAGAGCAGAUCUUCAUAGAGCUGGCUUUGUUAUGCAGGAACAGGUUUGGGUUUCCUAGUUUAAGUUCAUGCUAGCAUAUCCAAAGAUGUCGUGUAGAAUUGUGUGCCUCCAGUUUUGUGGAACCACAUAUGACUGGAAAUGUCAGGUGUCCAAAUACUUUUUGUCCACAUACCAAGCAACCUGGUAAACCUGAAGCUAUUAAAUGUUACAGGAACAAAGGAACGUAUUAGAAACAAAGCCAGGUGGAAACAGCUCUUGCACUUCAGCGUUCUUAUAUUCCAGUGUUCUCAUAUUUUGUUGUUCUUUGACCAUUUUUCCUAACAAAGAUAUAUAUUUUGAUUAGAGCUCUGACAGAAUCUUUUUUGUUUUUUCCCCCCCAGACUCAUAACAUACCCCUACGCUAAUGUAGCUAGCUAAAGCACUUCAUUUCAAACCAGUAGCUAGCAUUAGAAAGAACUAGCCUUGUAGCAUAAACACAUGAACACAGAUGCUAAAUAAAACCUUGUGCACGUGUAGUAUCCGUGGUAUUGAUGCAUCCCCAGGUUCAGGACAGAAAAAAAAAAAACUUGAGGUUUAUAAGCUAGUUAUGAGCGCAGAGCUAUAUUACGAUUCGUUUCAUCGAGAGCAGAUGAGCGUUUCACAUUUCUAACACAAAUGAAGCUACGUCCAUAUGAUUGUCGAUCAUAUAUCAGUGAAGGGUUUCUCUUUCUUUUUUUUUUAAUCUCCGUCCUUCUUUAAAAAAAAAAAAAAGAAAGCUAAUCGGAGGCUUUGAAGCUUCCACACUGUUGCCGUGGCCUUUUUUUUAUAGUAAUUUGUGGUGUUAUGGUUACUUGCGUAUUUUUCGCCGUUUUUAUAGAGGAGUCAUGAACGAGGAACGCGGAAAUCACUGGUGGAUUACUAACUCCGGCUCGCGUACAACCGUAGAUCGGAUAACGGUCGGUGGUGCUUACGUAACGAGGGUGCUUUACGUCGUUGUUGUGUUGUUUUUUUUUUUUUUUAACUGUUUCAAUACUGGGUUUAACACUCGUUUGUUCCAGAAAUCGGGUACGUUUCAACGUGAUUUUUUUAUUUUCGAGAAAAACGAAAUAAUCAGGUGAUGUUUUAAAAACAUCGUAAUAAAUAAAUAAAUAAAAAUUGUGCGAAAAGCUGCUUUUAAAAACCAGCAUUAAUUAAAAAAAAAAAUUUAAGCUAACAAGAAAUUAAAAAGAAUUCUUCAUUGAAAAUUUCAUAUUUACAUACAAAUCUUUUUAUUCUUUUAUACUUUUAUUUAUCAAGAAUUCAAAUUUUUUAUUUAUGUCAGAAUGUCCUUCACAAGCACUUACGUUAUAGCGGCUAUAAAUUCAUUCCUUCGUAUCGUAUCCUGAAUUUUAUAAACCAAAAACCUUCCACGCGCUUGUUGUUCUCAUGUUACAUCGCAACAUGCAAACUCCUGGUUUACAGCUUUACGUCUGACUGUUACAGUGUGCUCACAAUGAAGACUCCAUUCUUUCAUAAAUAUAUAUAUAUAAUUCAGCUCAAUUGAUCAACUAAUAAUAAAUGCGUAUUUGAAGGAUAGAAAAUAAAGAUCAAACCUGUAGAUAAAAUACUCAUAACAGGCUUAGUAUUAGUUUUAAAACAAAAAUGUGCCUACAAUGUUUAAUUCUAGAGGAUCUGGGCAAUGUGAGAAUGAAAUAUAUAUAAUGCUCAAUUACAAAGCAAUUAUAAUUACACUUUUAUAAGAUGCACAAAAAAUAUAUUUUAUUAAAAUCACAUUUUUGUAAAAAAAAAACUAAAUAAUAAUACAUUUGCAUUAAAAAAAAAAUAAGAUUUUUUUUCCCCCUCUUCAUUGUGAAAUAAUUUCUUUUCGUAGAUAAAUUAUUAUUUUUUUAUUGGUUUUAUUCGGGGUAUGAAUAUAAUGUUCUCGUAUCAUGCGAUAGCUGAUUUUUAGGUUGGAUCUAGAUCAGCACCAAACGUCUGUGCACCGUGGACCAGUUUCUUUUUUUUAUUUUAUAUUCUUACAGACCAGAUCUAAAUAUAUCUACAUACAGUGUCUGAAAAGUGUGAAAGCACCUGCUCUUUUAUGGUUUUUGAGAAACACUCGCAUGUUCUUUUUGUGUUCUUGCAACAACCUCGGUCAUGUAACUCUAUUAAGAUGAACUUUGACCAAACAAAUGUAUACAUUUCCACAUUUUCAACUUUAUUUGCAUUGAAAAAUCCCCCAAAUAUUCAGCUGCAAUACUUCUGUAAAACUCGCCAAAGUUGCUCUUCACUGGUUGGAGAUUUUUUUAAUGAUGCAGUUCAGGAGGAUUUAGGUGUGGUGACUGGAGAGAACAUUCCAUGAUGGAGAUCGAUUCGGCUCAUCGUCUUGUUGCAAGGUGAACUCGGUUCCAAUGAGCCGCAGUCCAGACGGACGUAUGCAACGGUUGCCAUGUUGGUUCAGGAUUCCUCUCAUUUUCUGGAAGAAGUCUGCAACCUUCGCUGCUCCAAACCAUUACGCUUUCACCUUUAUGUGUGAGUGUGGGGGUGAGGGAGUCUUAUCACAUCUUCACUCCUGUUCUCCAUCUUGCACAUGUUCCUCUGUUAGAGCCAAAAACCUCACAUUUGGAUUCGACAGAACUUUCAUCCACUCAUUCACUGCCCAGUUCCAGUUUGUUGUAUAGAAGUAAAAGAAACAUGCAUGUGUCUCGAAAACCAUAAAGACUGUAA